GGAACCCACAGCCAACUGCUUUGGUUUGGUUGGACCUCAGGACACCAGUUCAUAGAAUUGCAGACCAAAUUAAAACACAGGCUGCAAACAAAAACCGAUCAAAAACCAUGCACCCAUCUUCAACUAUUACCAUUAGUAGGGCUGUCAGUUUCAUCUUCAAGUUCUCCCUCUCAAUUCCAUCUCUUUUACACUUUUCUACCAGAAACCUCAUGAACUCUCCACCCAGAAGCCUUGUGGUGAGUGCUGCUUCUCGUUCUCCGCUACGAGAAACGUUUGUCCAGGACACUGGUGAUAGCUUCAUCACAUUGCAGGAAUGGCAGGGCUGGGGGACUGUGUCUCCAAUUCCAGCUAUGGUAAGCCAAAUUAUUGAUGAUUUGAAGUCUUUGGAGAAAAAUAUCAAUGCCCAGAUGAGCUUUGGUGGCAAUGGUGGCAAACUCCAGGGAGAAUUUAAGGUUCAAGAGGAUAAGAAACACAGAGCAACAUAUCAGGCUUUAGGUGAUUCUGAAAAGAAGCUUCAGUUUUUUGCAUCUCGACUAAUAGCAUGCCGUCUACUUGGAAGUAGGGGUUACCUUUGCCAGAAGUGCUGUCUUGCUAUGGAAGAUUGCAUGUGUUCAAAAGUGAAGCCUUGCAAUCUAAGGGAUGGUAUGCGAUUUUGGGUGUAUAUGCAUCCAAAGGACUUUCUACGGCAGAACAAUACCGGAAAGCUAUUGUGGCAAGUAUUUGGAGUUCAAGCAGCAACUUUGUGCCUCUUUGGCAUUGCUGAAGACGAGGAAAUCAUGUGGAAUGCAUUUGAGUGUGCAGGAAAAGACAAGGUUUGGUGUCUUUAUCCUAACAAAAAUGCAGUGACAGAGUCAGUGCAGGAGGCCUUUGGUCAUAGAUCUCCAUUGAAUAUAGAUUGCACACCCAUGACUGCUAGAGAUAGAACUUUGAAUUUUGCUUUGAUUGAUGGUACAUGGAGCAACUCUGCUGCAAUGUUCAGUCGUUUAAAGGAGCAAGCCAAGUCAGUGUGGGGGGAGGAAAGUUUUCCAUGCAUAACUCUAACCAUGGGCGCAUUUGCAAUGCACAAACUUCGGUAA